UUGUCUUGUAAGGAGGACAGUCGGGGGGCACUUUCAAAGCGGAAAGACAAAGUUAAAGUGCAACGGGAACGAGCAACCAUUUUUGUGUGCUCUUGAUAUUCAGGCUUCAACCCUCUCUCUUGCUCCCUUCCUUUAUCUUCAACUUCCCUAAAACAGAAUCUCAAAUAGGCAUUCUGGUUAAGAUGGAAAAUGAGAACGCAAUUCAAAACCCUGCUGCAAAUCAGCUGCCAGAAGCAGAAUCAUUGCCCGAUGGUUUUGUUGGUGACAGCUCAAGUACAGACGCAUUAGCUCCAAAAACACCACAACCCGAGCAGGAAAAGUUGAGCCAUGAGGUGAUUGAUUAUAAGGAAGAAAAGUUAGUCGAUCCCGAGUUAAAUGCUUAUGAAGAUAGUGAGAAUAGCAAGUGUAGAAGUGCAGAGGCAAAUAUGGGACAGGAUGAUCAAGUUAGAGUGAAAUGUCACAACUUGGACAACUCUGGAGGAGAGUUGAAUCAAAACAUUCCAACUGUGAAGGAGAUAUCAUUAACAGAGAGUGCUGAAAACAAAAAAGUAGAAGCCUCUGAAACCAAACGGAAGACUGUAAAACGUACCUUUAAAUCUGAAAAAGAGUUUCUGGAGUUCACUUUGAAGUAUCAGCAAGUUCUUGCAGAAAGAGAUUCAGCUGUUGCUGUUCGGGAUAAACUGGAGUCACUAUGCCGCGAGUUGCAGCGCCAAAACAAAGUUUUAAUGGAUGAAUGCAAACGGGUAUCGACUGAGGGUCAAAAUCUGAGGCUGGAUUUAUCGAACAGGUUUCAAGAUGCAAUUAAGGAAGUUAGCAACAAGCUGGAAGAGCAAAAAGAUGAAUGUCUAUUGCAGUUGAAGGAGAAUGAGAUGUUAAAGAGCAAGCUGAAGCAACUUGCAGAUCAGUAUACUCUCUCAGAACAGCAAUUUGCAAACAAGUUGAAGCAAAAGAAUCUUGAACUUCAGCUUGCUGAUUUGAAAACUAAGCAACAUGAGGAGAAAUUAAAGCAGGAACAGUCCCAAAUGAAAAUAUAUGCUGACCAAGUGUCACAAUUACUAGCAACAGAGAAGAACUUGCGGUUGCAAUUGACAGCCGAUGGAGAAAAGUUCCAGCAAUUCCAGGAAGCUUUGCUGAAGAGCAAUGAGGUUUUUGAAACGUUCAAGCAAGAUAUUGAGAAGAUGGCAAAAUCAAUAAAAGAACUCAAGAAGGAGAAUGUUUUCUUGAAGGGCAAAUGUGACAAGACAGAUGUUACUCUCAUUGAACUCGCUGAGGAGCGUGAACAUUUAAAGAAACAAUUGGAGAAAACAAGGAACCAGAAAGAAAAGCUUGAAACAUUGUGUAGGUCGCUUCAAGCAGAAAGGAAAGCGCAUUCAACAGCUUCCAGCGGCUCAGAUUCAGUUCAAGCUUGAAGAUUUCUGUAAAUUAAUUCAUAAUAAGGAUUUUGGCUGCACGUAAACAUCAAAAGAUGAUUUGCCUGAUUCACUGUUUUGUUUCCGCUGCAUUUUUAUCCUUGCUAGUGUUUCUGUAUUUCUCGAAAGCAUUUAAUUUUGCUACUCCAUUAACUUAGUUCCAAGUGCCAGUAGAUUCUGUGAUGGGCGAAUUAAAGAACAGAAUGCUAUUCGAGUCAUGGGCGAAUUACAGUGUGUAUGCUGUGCGCUUCGAGUUAGGAUCCUACUAACCAUCGUAAUUGUUGCUAGUAUUGCAAUGAUGUUCUGUACAACUUUCUACUAUCUGCUCUCUUAAUUUCUUAUUUUGUGGAAUUA